ACAAGGCAUUGUCAUCUGUAAAUCCGCAGGGUGAAAAAUCUUAGAGAGGCUUUAGAAGAAAAUGGCAGCAGAAGAGGGACAAGUUAUCAGUUGCCACACUAUCGAUUCGUGGAACGAGCAACUUCAAAAGGGAAAUGAAUCGAAGAAGCUGGUAGUAGUUGAUUUCACAGCUUCAUGGUGCGGACCAUGCCGCUUCAUUUCACCUUUCCUGGCAGAAUUGGCCAAGAAACUGCCCAAUGUUACCUUUAUCAAGGUGGAUGUUGAUGAACUUAAGUCGGUUGCGACUGACUGGGCUGUGGAGGCCAUGCCAACCUUCAUGUUCCUCAAAGAGGGUAAGAUUGUGGACAAGGUUGUGGGAGCAAAGAAGAUACUCCAGCAGACAAUUGCAAAGCAUAUGGAAACUGCUUCUGCAUAAUGAUGAUAUUAUUUAUAUAUAUAUAUAUAUAUAGAGAGAGAGAGAGACCUGAAAUAUGUGGCUUUUUUAAAUCUAGUGCUAUAUGGACUGUAGCGGUGUUGGAUGAAUCU